AUGAAUAUCACAACGAGCAAUACCACGGAUGAGACCAAUGUUUUCAACAGACUUUUUCUUCUUGGACAAAAACUUUUUCAAAAUCGAAAUGAAACCAUUCAGCAAACGAUAAUGCGCCUACAGAAUCAUCAUCAUCAACAACAACAUCACUCAGCCAAAUCCUUGUCCUCAACGCAAUUCAUUGAAAUCGCCAUGCUUUGCUUUAUACUGAUCGAACAUACAUUUGUGUUUAUAUUAACAUUACAAAAGAAAUCUUCCAAAGAACUUUUCUUACAUACGAAUGAACAUCAUACCCGUCAAACACAACAAAUUCGUUCAGUAGUUCUUCCAAGAAAGUAUUUACUUCAUAAUUGUUUACAUCGAAAUUGGAUCCGUGCAUAUUCAUUUUCAAAUAUAUGCCUUUCAUGUGUCUAUUUUCCUAAUCUAAUUCUUAAGCACUACCAUCCGAAUCUUGUACAUCCAUCAUCCGUAACCUUUUACUCUCUACCACUGACCCUUCUCCAACAGAUUCUCAUUAAUUUCAGCGGUUUUCAUUUAUUCAUCAUUUCCAUAAGUGUUCUUCAAUAUUUCAUUCGAUCUUAUCGUUUAUCCAACACUAAAUAUUCGUUUAAUAUCUACAAUGGAAAGAAUCUUCUCAUUACCAAGCAUACAAACGUUGCGUUAAUUCUUACAGGAUCGUUGGCAUUAAUUUUCGGCUAUAAUUACAUAUUCUACACACCGAAAGUGCCUUUAACGUCCAGUUUAUUGCCACUAAUCGCCUUAAACAUGAUACUCUUACCCACAAUCGAUCUGCUUACAUUCAUAUUUAUACUCACUUGUUGUUGUAUUCACGUUCGUCAGUUAAAAGAUUCAAUCAAGCAAGCAUGGUCAUUCAAUGAUCCGUCUCAAAUAUCCCCGAACAAAAUUCGUUCGAUCGUGGAGAGAAAUUCGUGUUUGAAAUGUUAUUCGAAGUUUCUCCAACUGAAUCGCAAUCUUUUCAAAGAUAACGACGCGUACUCGACACUACAUUCGAAGUUUUUUAGUCAAAAUCUCAUCACCAGUUCACGUCCAUCGAUCGCCUCGCCCGAGGAAAAACGUAAAUUUUCCACUGUAUCCGAUGAGAUCAACGAUACACAAGGCCGACUGAGUGUAUCGCAUGCCCAUCAACCUAUCAGGCCUUGCCCGUCAACCCGAUCCAAUCGAUCGCAUGAGCCGUCCAAUGACGAACGGGUGUCGCCGACUAGUGCCAUUAUACGACGAACAUUGAUGAAAAUUGAAAAACGCCGCUCACUAUGUCAUUUAUGUCAUCGUUUAUUACUUCUUUUCCUUCUCAAAUACGCUCUCCUAACAUUUCCCCAGCAUUUCAUUCAAAUGAGAUACCAUCUUCGACAAUUUUACGAUUACGUAUUCAAAUAUAAUUUUCUAAAUCUAAAUCAUAACGCCAGCGACGCCCAUCCCGCGUAUCCUGAGCCACUUACACUCAUUUGCCGUUUUCUUUUUCUCGCUGCACGAUUUGGUGAUAGUUUAUUAUUAACACGUUUGCCCAUACUAAUUAAAGACUAUUUUCCUUGCUGGUUUCAAUUCAAUUCGCAGUUACUACGUCAAGAGAAAACGUUCCAGAGGCCAUCGCAUCAGAUUCUGAUGAAAGGCAUCGAUACGCCGACCGCUGAUCCCACAUCCGCUGAUGAACUUUCUGCGUUGAAUGAAAUGAUCAGUCAACAAAGAGAACAAACUACGAUUUCCUGCACACCAAACAAAACACCGUCUUCAUUAUUGGAAUUUUCGGUCCAUUAUCUGAAACAGUUGUAUACACUGCCAGUUUAUGAUCAAAAUGAACAAAAACUCGAAUGGUCUGGUGAAUCAUCGUUAGAAUCCCAGAGUAGUCCAACAUGUCCUAAUGGUUUCGAACGACAAGGUUCAUUUUGUCACGAAUGUUCGACUUGUCUACCUGAAAAGUGUGAAAUUGGAUAUCGAAAAAAUUAUCAAUCAGGAUUAUGUGAAGAUAUCAAUGAAUGUCAUGAACAGACAAAUAUCUGCCAAUAUAUGUGUGAAAACCAGAUCGGAUCCUAUCGAUGUUUUUGUCCGAUUGGAUUCAAAAUGAACGAACUAGGGCAAUGUCAAGACGUCAACGAAUGUCAACAGUUUCAGAUCGACUGUGGUCAAGAUCGAACAUGUUUCAACACACAAGGUGCUUACGAGUGCAUCGAUGUUCCAUGUCCUGUGAACUAUCUUCGUAGCAAUAGAACUGAUUGUCAAUCGAAGUGUGCACAUCGUUCCACGUGUUCACCUCGUCGCGCGAUGCAUAUUCGUUAUCGAUUCAUUGCAUUACCACGUUUAACACCCUCGAACAAGAUUCUAUUCACUUUACCAAAUCUCGAUUUGAACAAGACGUCAAGAAAACUCGUCGAUCGAAAUAAUUUCAAUUCGUCAUUUCCGUUCGUGCUUGACGGAUCGAAUCUGAAAACCGACCAGAUUCUGAUGGAUUCCAAUGAAUAUGAACUGGAAAUUCAUGUGUACAAGAACGAACCGUUGCACCGUCGUCGUUUAUCAACAAUUUACAUUGUACAGAUCAAUGUUUCUCCGUUUCAUUUUUGA